UUCACCACUCGUUAUUCACAGUUUUCAAACAAUCGUUGUGACCGUCAGAAAUGCUGGGGAUCGCAGGGGGCUUUUUGAUUCCAUACUAAAAUGGAUAACAUAACCUAUUUAAAUUCUAAUUAACUUAUUGUUAAACUAGUCAAACGUUACUAAGAUUUCUUCACAAAUUUCUAAAGUCCAUAAUUUUAAGAUUAUUGCAUGUUAUUAUAGUAAAGUAUCAUAUUUUUCGCAAUGUUUAAAAAGUUCGAUGAAAAAGAUAGUGUAUCUAGUGUACAACAAUUAAAAUCCUCUGUACAAAAAGGUAUUCGUUCCAAACUUUUAGAGCUGUAUCCAUUGUUAGACAAAUAUAUAGAUCAAAUAAUUCCUAAAAAGGAUUCGUUUAGAUUUGUUAAAUGUCAUGAUCAUAUUGAAAUUUUGGUGAACAGUGCUGGAGAUUUACUCUUUUUCCGACAACGAGAAAGUCUAUGGAUGCCAACGUUGAAACUUCUUCAUAAAUAUCCAUUUAUGCUACCUCUUCAACAAGUGGAUAAAGGAGCAAUCAAAUUCGUUCUUAGUGGUGCAAAUAUAAUGUGUCCUGGAUUAACAUCGAAAGGUGCCCGUAUGACUUCUGUUGAAAAAGGAGCAAUUGUCGCUGUGAUGGCAGAAGGAAAACACCAUGCAUUAGCUGUUGGAAUAACAACUUUAUCGACAGAUGAAAUAGCACACGUUAAUAAAGGUAUUGGUAUAGAGAAUUGUCAUUAUCUUAACGAUGGGCUAUGGCAAAUGAAACCUGUGAAGUAAUACACUCUUAUGCCACUAAAAUUAUAAAUAAAUGAAAUUUUUACUUUUAAAACUUGAUGUUUAUUUAUUGAAACUUUGCGAUAGCAAUCGAUAAAUUGCCUCAUUCAUAUUUUACAUGUCAAUAAAAAUUUAAGAACU